UUCAAACGAACUCUGGAGCGGUUCGUUUGUGGUGAGAACACGGUCCGAGACCGAACAGACCUAACUGCAAAAAUUAUUGCGCAUUUUGAACUAAACCAGCUGCCGUACUCAGCGGCGCUGUGCAUUAUGGGAUGAGGAAGUGCUUGUUGACAGUUUACAUUAGCAGUAUUAGCACAACAAUGGCAGGUCGCAGACAGACUUGGAGUUGCGAGGAGGUGCGAAACCUCAUAGAAAUUUGGUCUGAUGAACAUAUUAGAUCACAACUUUCAAAAACUCAUAAGAACAGCGCGGUUUUCUCUUUUUUUAGCAAACAGCUCAGGGAUAGGGGAUUUCAUUGUUCUGUGGAGCAGUGCCAGGUUAAGGCGAAAAAACUCCGCCAGCAGUACAUCCAAGUGCGAGAUGCACUUAAAAAAACAGGCAGCUCGGUGACGAGAAAGACAAGUUCCCCUGGUACGAUGAUCUGGACAAAAUACUUGGGACAAAACCGGACGUUGAUCCAGUGGAUGUUGUUGAGUCCCAUGAAUAUUCAACUUCGUCCUCUUCCAAUGAUGCUAACACAGGUGACCGGGCUACCGCAUCUGACACAGAUAUUGACGUGGGAGAUUCAAGCAAUGUAUCAUCCCAUACUGAUAUCUCAAUCACUGCUGCUGCUGAUGAAGGAGUGUCUGAUGAUCCAAGCACAGAGAGCAAUGUCAAUGAAGAAAGCAUCAGAGGAGGGAGACUGCCCAUUCCUGGAGCCAAAGCUCGAAAAAGAAAGAAAAAGUCUUGUAAAGCUGAUGAUGAAGUCCAGUCAUAUAUGAUGGACAACAAAAGGAUGCUGACAGAUUUGCAAAGAGCUGAAGAAAGCCAAGUGGCUCAAGAGGCUGCCUGUUUUGAGAGAAUACUUAAGGCACAACAGGAAGCCGAGGAGAGAAGAUUCCAGGUAAUGCAGGCACAGCAACAGGCCACUAACCAAA